AGUUAGUAUAGUUAGAGCGAUGCGACGUGUUCUCGCGAGAUUUGAAGGGGCCGCUGAGCGCGAAUUCGAUAAGUUUGGUGGGCUUUCGCAUCUCUAGCUGUGUUAUGCACGGCCGGUGUGAUCUGGAAGCGCGUUGUCCAGGAUGUCCAAACGAAAAAGCAGUUCCGUCAGCGAAAACCCAGACAAACGGGCCAAGCCUGGAGUAGACGAAGACGGGGAAAAUGAAGCUAGUGACAACGAUGACCACACCGGAGCUCUGCUUAAUAAUCUGGUUCCAUAUGCUGGCGACGUAGUGAGUGAUGUUGGGAUUGUGGAGAGCAUCACGCUGAAGAACUUCAUGUGCCACUCCCUCCUUGGCCCGUUUACUUUUGGUCCCAAUGUCAACUUUGUUGUCGGCAACAAUGGAAGUGGGAAGAGUGCUGUCCUGACUGCCCUCAUAGUUGCCUUAGGCGGUAAUGCACAAGCAACAAACAGAGGAUCCUCCCUCAAGGGUUUUGUAAAGGAAGGAGAGAGCUCAGCUGAUGUAUCGAUCUCUCUGCGUAACAAAGGAAGGGAUGCUUACAAACCUGAGACAUAUGGUUCAACCAUCACUAUAGACCUCAAAAUAACCCGUGACGGGUUGAGAACCUAUAAACUGAAAAGCAAGUCAGGUCACAUUAUUUCUUCCAAAAAGGAGGAGCUCCUAGCCAUAUUGGACAAUUUUAAUAUUCAGGUCAACAAUCCUGUGUCAGUUCUCACACAAGAAAUGAGUAAGCACUUCUUGCACUCCAAAGGAGAGGGAGACAAGUAUAAGUUUUUCAUGAAAGCCACACAGCUGGAUCAGAUGAAAGAGGACUUUGUCUACAUCAAAACAACCAAGCACGUCACAAAGGACAAAGUAUUGCAACACAACGAAUGCCUAAAAGACUUGAAGCAGAAGUACAUAGAGAAAAAGGAUCGUUACAACAGUCUAUCAUCGAUUGAUGAAAUGGACAACAAACUGACGGAGUUACGGAAGCAGAUGGCUUGGGCUUUGGUGAUAGAGAUGGAGAAGGAGUUGGAACCAAUAAAAGAGCAGCUAAAGUCAGAAAUUCAUUCAACAGAGAAAUUUGAUCAGAAGGUGGAUGAAUGGAAGAACAAGGUUGAGGCGGCUGAACUGAAAUAUAAGCAAAUCCAGGAACAGUUAGAGGGAAUCACCCAGAAAGUCCAGAACCUUGGGCCCAAAUGCUCUGAGCUCAAAGCUGAGGCCCAAAGAUGUAAUACUUCUCUUAAGUCCAUGGAGGUCACUGUCCACCGAUGUAAAAGCAGCCUGAGGGAUUUGGAAAAGGAUAAAGUUCAGCUGUCCUCCAGGAUAAAUGAUCUCAGACAGAGCAUCAGUCAGGCAACAGGAGCAGAGAGUCAAGCUAGGACACAGCGUAUGGAGGAGAUAAAAGAUGAGCUGGAGAACCUAAAUCACCAUAUUUCCACUUUGGGCCAGCAGAUUGACCAGUAUCAGAAUGCCUGUAGUCGUGCUAAGGAAGAACAAGGAAAGAUGAAGAGGGAGCAGGAAGUGCUCCAGAGAUCCAUUGAUGGCAACAAAAGAAACCUCCAGACUAUGGAGAGCAGUCGCUCUAAUCGGCUGCGGCGCUUUGGAGAGCACAUCCCCGCACUGCUUAAUGCCAUUGAGGAAGCUCACAAAAAAAGGCAGUUCAGGCACAGACCCCGAGGACCUUUGGGUUACCUUAUUAGCCUGAAGGACCCAGAGAUGGCCCUUGCAAUAGAAGUAUGUCUGAAAAGCCUCCUUCAUGCCUUCACAUGUGACAACUACGAAGAUGAGAAGGCGCUGCAAGGUUUGAUGGCCAGACUGUUUCCAGGAGGGCGCAGGCCUGCUAUCAUAACCAGCCAGUUCCUCACACGUGUCCAUGAUACAAGAACGAGGGCGGUGAAUCACCCUGACUAUCCCUCAGUGCUUCAGGCUCUAGAAAUUGAUGACCCAGUUGUGGCCAACUGCCUGAUUGAUCAAAGGGGUAUAGAGAGCAUCCUUAUCAUUAAGAAUCGAACAGAGGCUCGUAGGGUGAUGCAGCAUGGACGACCUCCUCACAACUGCACCCAGGCGUUCUCCAAGGAGGGAGACCAGAUCUUCAGUAACCGCAAUUACACAGCAGACCAAAACAGGGCCAACUUCCUAUCUGGUGAUGUAGAGGAGGAGAUCAGGCACUUGCAGAGGGAGAUUGAGAACCAGAGUGCUCAUUUAAAUCGCUUCAAGCAGCAGAUGAAGAAGUUAGAUGAUGACAUUAAACAGAACGAAGGGCUACUGAGAAGAACCCACUUAGAACAGAGAAAUGCUCAGGAUAAAGCCACAAGACUACAGCUGGAGCUCACAGAUCUAAAGAAUGUAGACGAGCCUCAGUCAGAGGACCUCACGCCACUGGAGGAGGACCUUCAAGAGAUUAUUAUUAAGAUUUCGUCCAAGCGCGUUGAGCAUGACGAGGCGCGUAAUAAGAUGGCUGAGCUCAAGGCCUCCUAUGACAAGGCCGAGCAGGAGUACAAGCAGCACAAAGAGCAGAUCAACACUAUCGCUGAAGAAGCUGAUGCUGUCAAGGAGGACCUCAGCAAAGCGGAUCAGGAGGUGAUGAAGUGCAAGCAUCACAAGAAACACUAUGAUGAUAAGCGCAAUGCCAAUCUCCAAAAUAUCAAGGCGCUGGAAGCCAAACUGAAAAGCAAGGAGGACGAGGUUGAGGCUCGUGUGACCAAGGCUAAAAUAAUCAGUCCAGAGCGGCUAGAAGUCCUUCGGACAGCCAAGAGUUUGGACAAUGAGAUGAUUCGCCUCAAGGUUAAGAUCUCUACCCAGAAUGAACACCUGGGGGACCGCGAGGUGAUUGUGAGGGAGUUCCAGGAAGCAGGAGAGAAUUACAAGAACAUGGCCCAGCAAAUUAAGAACCUCAGCAGCUUCAUCAAAUGUCUAGACAGCGUCAUGGACCAAAGACUCCAGGCUUAUGCUGACCUCAGGAGGUUCCUCUCUGCGCGCUGUAAAUACUACUUUGACAACAUGCUUUCACAGAGAGGCUACAGUGGCAGCAUGGUGUUUGACCACAAGAAUGAAACUCUGUCCAUCACCGUGCAGCCUGGCCAAGGAAACAAGGCAGACUUGAGUGACAUGCGCUCGCUAUCUGGAGGAGAGCGCUCCUUCUCCACUGUUUGCUUUGUUCUGUCUCUGUGGGCCAUCACAGAGGCGCCUUUCCGCUGCCUUGAUGAGUUCGAUGUUUAUAUGGACAUGGUGAACAGGAGGAUAUCAUUGGACAUGAUGCUGAAGGUGGCUGCUGGUCAGCGCUACAGGCAGUUUGUUUUCCUCACACCUCAGAGCAUGAGUUCUCUACCAGAGAGUGAUAUCAUCCACAUCCUCCAGCUAAAAGACCCUGAUCGCAGCCAGAACAGCACACAAAGAAGUCUGAACAACGACCAAUAAUGUUUUGUUAAUUGUUUUGUGUGUGCGUGUGUGUGUGUGCUGUUUUUUACACAUCUUUCAAAAACUGCCACAUGUAAAGAUUUAAUAAGAUUUUGGGCAACUGUUUAAUAAAAAUGUUUAGUUAGGUAAAACACAAA